GCCUCAUCUUUAAUGUUUAAACCGGCACGACACGGUGAAGUGGGUGGGGUAAGCUUACAGAGGUCACAACAGCAGAAACCGCUUCGAUCACAUGACAGACUUAAUCUGUGCGCAGAGAUGUCGUACAAAAUUGUUAAUUUGAGAGUGAGGGAUGUGAGGUUCCCGACGUCCCUGGAGCAGCACGGCUCAGACGCGAUGCACACCGACCCGGACUACUCGGCCGCCUAUGUGGUCCUCGACACGGACAGCGGCCUCAAAGGUUUCGGCCUCACGUUCACGUUGGGAAAAGGCACCGAGAUCGUGCUGUGCGCUGUCAAGGCCCUUGCAGGACUAGUUAUCGGCAAAUCUUUGCAGGAGAUUGUGAGUAACUUCCGUGGAUUUUACCGCCUCCUGACCAGUGAUGGCCAGAUGAGAUGGUUAGGUCCAGAGAAAGGAGUGAUCCACCUGGCCACUGCUGCAGUCCUGAAUGCUGUGUGGGACCUCUGGGCAAGAGCUGAAGGCAAGCCGCUGUGGAAGCUGCUCGUGGACAUGGACCCGAAGCAGAUUGUGUCGUGCAUCGACUUCAGAUACAUCACUGAUGUGCUUACAGAGGAAGAAGCUCUGGACAUACUUGUGAAAGCACAGGAGGGCAAGAAGCAGAGAGAGGAUCAGAUGCUGAAGGAGGGUUAUCCUGCAUAUACCACCUCCUGUGCUUGGCUCGGAUACUCAGACCAGCAGCUCAAGCAGCUCUGCUCAGAUGCUCUUAAAAGCGGAUGGACCAGAUUUAAGGUGAAGGUUGGCGCUGAUCUAGAGGACGACAUACGCCGGUGCCGCCUCAUAAGGAAAAUGAUUGGACCCAGCAGCACAUUGAUGAUUGACGCCAACCAGAGAUGGGACGUAGCCGAGGCCAUAAGUUGGGUGUCCAGACUGGCUGAGGUCAAACCCCUUUGGAUCGAGGAGCCCACGUCUCCAGAUGACAUCCUGGGUCAUGCUGCUAUUUCCAAGGCUUUGGCUCCACUGGGGAUUGGAGUGGCAACAGGCGAGCAGUGUCACAACAGGGUGAUGUUUAAGCAGUUCCUGCAGGCCUCUGCACUGCAGUUUAUCCAGAUAGACAGCUGUAGGCUGGGCAGUGUCAACGAGAACCUGGCCGUGCUGCUGAUGGCUUACAAGUUCCAAGUGCCUGUGUGUCCUCAUGCCGGUGGAGUCGGGCUCUGUGAGCUCGUCCAGCAUCUGAUUCUGUUUGAUUACAUCUGCGUGUCUGCGGAUCUCAGGAACCGAAUGUGUGAAUAUGUAGACCACCUCCACGAGCACUUCACUAGUCCUGUAGUGAUUCAAGACGCCCACUAUAUGCCACCGAAGGAUCCAGGCUAUUCUUGUGAGAUGCUGGAGGAAUCUGUGAACCGACAUGAGUACCCUGAAGGAGACAUAUGGAAACAGGAAAUACAGAAAUAGGGACUGUAUUUUAAACAUUUUACAUUUGUACAGUACAAACAUUGGAGGGGAAUAAACAUUCUGAAAUUGUCACAUAAAAGGACUGGACUGAAAAUGUCCAAAGAAAAAGUCUUUCAGAAAGCCUGGGGAACUGAAAUUAACUUUCUCCAGAGCUCUUUUUCUGUUAAAUAGAAUAUUUUUCUUCUUACUGAUCAAAGUGCCAAGUUUUAGUGAAUCAUUUGAUUUUUUUUUAAUACUCUUUGGUCUUUCCUUUAUAAUGUAAAGUGCUGUGAGAAAACUGCUGCUGUGAAAUAGAACUAUAUUAAUGAAACUUGAAAAAUUACAAGUCAAGCUGUAAACCUUGUAUUAAGUCCUCUUAAGUCAUCAGAUUGUGGUCAUCUUUCCUUCAUAAGCACUUGUCAUGUAAAUCCUCUAAAUUCUGUCUUCUGAAGAAUUUCCCUCCUAUGCAGUGCUUUGCAGCAGAAACCCAUUAACAAGAUAUCUGAAGGCUGCUACCCUGUUUAAGCCAAACAGUUCAUGGGUGUACAACUCCAGUUCAUCAGUUAGCAUAUAGGAAGUUGCAAAUACAUGAAAUUAAAGACUUGUGGACAAAGCUGUAAAGUAGGCAACCUGGGCUCACUGUAUGUGACACCCUUUACUUAGUUUUAAUUGGUAAACCCGUCCUUUAUUAGGAUAUAUGAACAUAUCUUUUAACUUUUGUGACGUCUUGCAAAGUCACAACUAGCAUCUUCAAACUCUUUAAAUAAACUAAAAAUCAAAGCAC